GCAAGUCAACCGAACAGACAUUCGCUGGAAGCUCUGCUCGGAGUGAGGUCGCUGCGCAUCUACCACACGAUGCCGCCGCCUCUCCGCUGUCUCCUUCUCGCCUUCGUCGUCGUCCUCUCCGGCUUCCCCCGUCUCGCCCACCCCUUCACGGCUCUCGAGUCUGACCAGAUCGCCCGCUUCCAGGAAUACCUCCGCAUCCGAACUGCGCACCCAUCCCCCGACUACGCCGGCGCCAGCGCCUUCCUCCUACACUACGCCGCUUCGCUCGGUCUCCACACCACCACGCUCCACUUCACCCCGUGCAAGACCAAGCCCCUGCUCCUCCUCACCUGGCGAGGCUCCGAUCCCUCCCUCCCCUCCGUGCUCCUCAACUCCCACAUGGACUCCGUCCCCGCGGAGCCCGAGCACUGGGCGCACCCUCCAUUCGCCGCGCACCGCGACCCGACCACGGGCCGCAUCUACGCGCGCGGCGCACAGGACGACAAGUGCCUCCCCGUCCAGUACCUCGAGGCGAUCCGGGGCCUGCAGGCCGCGGGGUUCGCUCCCGCCCGCACCAUCCACAUCUCGCUUGUCCCCGACGAGGAGAUCGGCGGCGCGGAUGGGUUCGACAAGUUCGCCCGAUCGGAGGAGUUCCGCGCCCUCAACAUCGGGUUUAUGCUCGACGAGGGGCAGGCGUCGCCGACGGACGUGUUCAGAGUCUUUUACGCGGACAGGCUGGUGUGGAGGCUCGUCGUGAAGGCGGCGGGGGCGCCAGGGCAUGGGUCGAGGAUGUUGGACGGCGCCGCCGUUGACAAUUUGAUGGAUUGCGUGGAGACCAUCGCUGCGUUCAGGGAUGCGCAGUUCAGGAUGGUGAAGUCCGGGGAGAAGGGUCCUGGGGAGGUGGUCUCAGUCAACCCUGUGUACAUGAAGGCCGGCAUACCAAGCCCCACGGGUUUCGUGAUGAACAUGCAACCUUCAGAAGCGGAGGUCGGCUUUGACCUCCGCCUUCCUCCAACCGAAGACAUCGAGCAGAUCAAGCGGAGGGUCGAAGAGGAAUGGGCACCAUCUCACAAAAACCUGACCUACGAGCUGGUGCAGAAAGGUCCGGCGACGGAUGUGUCCGGACGUCCCGUAUCCACAGCGACGAACGCGUCGAACCCGUGGUGGCUGACGUUCGAGAGGGCCAUCGCCUCCGCGGGUGGGGAGCUGUCUAAGCCUGAGAUCCUGUCUUCGACCACGGACUCACGCUUUGCGCGGCAGCUGGGCAUCCCUGCCCUCGGGUUUUCUCCGAUGACCAGGACGCCCAUACUGCUACAUGACCAUAACGAGUUUCUGGAAGACAGAGUGUUCCUGAGGGGCAUCCAAGUGUACGAACAUGUCAUCAGAGCACUAAGCUCGUUCCAAGGCUGAUUCGUAAAAAAAAAAGAAAAGAAGAAGGAAAAGUGGCAGUGCUGUUGCGUGGAGUGUAACAUAGCAGGUUUUGUAAUAAUUGGUUCAGUCACAAACACGCCAAAGGAAACAUUCCGAAACUAUUGGGAUCUGUGAAACUGUUGUUGUGGGAAGAAGACUAGCAGCUGGGUCGUGUGAUGAGCUGAUUGAUGUUCGGGCUUGUUGCUUGAUAUAUCUCCAAUAAUGCGUAUAUCCCAGACGUUCAACA